AUGGGAAACAGUCCAAGAGAUGCUGUCCUAAAGUUGAUUAGGAAAAUCAAUCCAGAAAUAUUCAUCCAUGGGAUUGUCAGUGGGGCGCACAAUUCAUCAUUCUUUCUCACACGUUUCAAACAAGCUAUCUCUUACUACAAUACAUGGUUUGAUAUCGCUGAAGCCACAUUGUCUUGUGAGGAUGAAGAAAGACAUUUUUCCGAAAAAAUAGGAGCUGGUAGAGAAAUAAUGAAUUUAGUGGCCUGUGAGGGGCUAGAAAUUGUUGAAAGGCCUGAAACAUAUCAAAAGUGGCAUGCAAGGAAUGUGAGAGCUGGAUUCAAGCAGCUGCCAUUAGACCAAGUGCUUUUGGAAAAGGUGAAGACUGUGUCAAAAUUGAUAGGCUAUCACAAUGAUUUUAGUAUUCACGAAGAUGAAAAGUGGAUGCUGCAGGGAUGGAGAGGGAGAGUCCUCCUAGCCCUUUCCUUCUGGAAAGGCUAG